AUGCUGGCAACCAAGCAGAUUCAACAACUUGGUAACCAACCUCCUGGUGACAGUGGAAAUGUAUCGUCGCAAGGAGCCGAAAACGGAAGUAGUGAUGCCGCAGUAAUCCACUCCAAAGCCUCAGCCUCAGGGUCAGGUGCUGCAAAUAAGACCCUUCCGUCGAGGACCUCAGAAGAGAUAGCAGAGGAUCAUGGCAGUGAAGAACUGCGAACAAUGCGUGGCGACAUCCACGCCUCACAGACCGGAACUGCACAGUUAAGAAAGGACUUGUUUUAAUACACCUCGUUCAGGUUCACUCGGUUGAUAGAUUCGGAUGAAGCCAAGGCAUGCUACUUCGAUUGAAAUCUCCUCAAAACAACACACCGGUGAGUCCCUUUAACUGAAGCAGGUCAUGCCCAAUCGCGAAUCCAAGAAGACUUGUCGACCAGUGCAGCGGAGGAAAACGAGGCAAGUACAAGUACAAAUCCACCGCGUGCUGCCGGGGGAACGACCAACGAUGAUGCUCUUAGUGGAGUAGAUCAAGAAUUUUUAUGCGGAGGAAAGGAUGCAAACGCCGGCACAGGCUCCU